AUGCGGAGCCCCGAGCGCCGCUCCGAGCGCGGGGACGCGGCCAAGGCGCUGCCGGGGCCGCCAGACGCUCCCGAGGGGCUCUCCCAGCAUCGGCCGGGGCUCACUGCGUGCGGCCCCGGGGCCGGCGCCUCCCAGGACGAUUGUGCCUCCAGGCUGUUCACGUUGGGCGGGGAGUGCUGCCGCCUCUGCAACGUGGGCGAGGGCGUGGUGCAGCCCUGCGGGGUCAACCAGACGGUGUGCGAGCCCUGCCUGGACAGCGUCACCUUCUCGGACACGGCGAGCGCCACGGAGCCGUGCAAGCCGUGCACGCAGUGCGAGGGGCUGCAGAGCAUGUCGGCGCCCUGCGUGGAGACCGACGACGCCGUGUGCCGCUGCGCCUACGGCUACUUCCAGGACGAGAGCAGCGGCGGCUGCCGCGAGUGCCGCGUCUGCGAGGUCGGCUUCGGGCUCAUGUUCCCCUGCAAGGACUCGCAGGACACCGUGUGCGAGGAGUGCCCCGAGGGCACCUUCUCCAGCGAGGCCAACUUCGUGGACCCCUGCCUGCCCUGCACCACCUGCGAGGACAACGAGGUGCUGGUGCGCGAGUGCACGGCCACGGCGGACGCUGAGUGCAGGGGGCUCCACCCUCGCUGGACCACGCCGGCCCCGUCCCCGGGGGGCUCCGAGAGCCCCGAGGCCACCGCGGAGCCGCCGAGCACCGAGGGCGGGCCCGGCACGGCGGCCGACACGGCCACCACGGUCAUGGGCAGCUCGCAGCCCGUGCUCACCCGCGGCACCAGCGACAACCUCAUCCCCGUCUACUGCUCCAUCCUGGCCGCCGUGGUGGUGGGGCUGGUGGCCUACAUCGCCUUCAAGAGGUGGAACAGCUGCAAGCAGAACAAGCAAGGCGCCAACAACCGCCCGGUGAACCAGACGCCGUCCCCCGAGGGCGAGAAGCUGCACAGCGACAGCGGCAUCUCCGUGGACAGCCAGAGCCUGCACGAGCAGCAGCCGCCCGGGCAGGGCACCCAGGGGCCAGCUCCCAAGGCGGACGGCAGCCCGUACUCGGCGCUGCCGGCCAGCAAGCAGGAGGAGGUGGAGAAGCUGCUGGGCAGCUCGGCCGAGGACACGUGGCGGCAGCUGGCGGGGGAGCUGGGCUACAAGGAGGAGCUGAUCGAGUCCUUCACGCGCGAGGAGGCGCCGGCGCGGGCGCUGCUGGCGCACUGGGCCGGCCGCGAGUCGGCCACGCUGGACGCGCUCCUGGCCGCCCUGCGCCGCCUGCAGCGCGGCGACAUCGCCGACAGCCUGGCCAGCGACUCCACCGCCACCUCCCCGGUGUGAGGGCCGGCCCGGGGGGCUGAGCCUGCCCGGGGCCGGGGGGAGGCGCCGGGGUCGGCCCUGAGCAGCUCCCGGUGCCCUGAUGGUGUUGGGGGGCUCAGCCCCACUCUGAUCACAAAUCCCGGCACUGGGGUCACCCCGAGCAGCUCCCGGUGCCCUGAUGGUGUUGGGGGGCUCAGCCCCACCUUGAUCUCCAAUCCCAGCACCGGGAGGAUGUGGUGGGGUCACCCCGAGCAGCUCCCGGUGCCCUGAUGGUGUUGGGGGGCUCAGCCCCGCUCUGAUCACAAAUCCCGGCACCGGGGUCACCCCGAGCAGCUCUCGGUGCCCUGAUGGCGUUGGGGGGCUCAGCCCCACCUUGAUCUCGAAUCCCGGCACCGGGGUCACCCCAAGCAGGUCCCGGUCCUGGUAUUGGCCCCUGAUGGUGUUGGAGGGGCUCAGGCCCACCCUGAUGACAAAUCCUGGCUGCAGGAUGGACGGACAGAUGGACAGAUGGACACGGAGAGACCGCCGUGCUCUCAGCCCUCACCUCCCCUCUCGUCCCUUCCAGCUCCUUCUCUCCCCGAGGCUCCUCUUUCUCCUGUUCCCCUCCAGCGCCCCAAAAUCCGGCUGCUUUUACCCCAGAACAGGGCAAGGACAGGGCUGGGGUGCCCCAGAGCCGCUGCCCUGGGGUUUGGGGGUUCAGAGGGGCUGGGGCAGCGGACCUGGCUCCCUACACUGUGAAAUUUGGGGUGCAGCUGCCCCCAGCUCUGCAGGGACUUGGGGGAGCAGCCGGGACCACCCUGGACACUGAGGAACAGAUUUUGAGGUGCCACGAUCCCCCCGUGGGGGCUGCGGGGGACACCGAGGGGACACCGAGGAGACACCAAGAGGACACUGAGGGGACACUGAAGGUGGAAAGCGCUGACCAAGUGCCUGCCCCACGGGGACACCCCUAGGGCUCCGCUCGUCCCUCCUGCCCUGUCCCCGUGUCCCCAAGCUGCAGGGACCACCGAGGCCACCCUGCCACCACUGCACUGUCCCCGAGCUGGGCCAGGCCACCCUGCCACCACUGCACUGUCCCCACCCUGCUGAAAGGGCUCCUGCUGUGCCAGCGCUGUGAAGGGCUCGGCAAUGUCCCUCUGCCCUCAGGGUGACAUUCGGGGAGGUGACAUCACUCCAAGGACAUUUUGGGGGUGUUUUGGCCCCAGCUGGGUGAGCUGGAGCUGCCACUGGCCUGGGGAAUGUCCCUUGAGCUGCCGCCACCCUCGGGAUGUCCCCUGGGCUGUCACUGGCCUGAAGAUGUCCCCUGAGUGGCCACCGGUCCAGGGAGUGUGCCCUGAGAUGCCACCAAGCUGCUGGCAAUGUCCCCAGAGCCAGGGGUGGGCACCGCCCCGAGCCAGGUGUGGCCGUCCCUCCCCUCUGGAUUCAUCCCAAAAUUCCUCCCUGAAGGCAAAAUGGGAUUUUCCCGGAACAAGAUUUUUCCCAGAACGGGAUUUCUCCAGAACGGGAUUUCCCCAGAAUGGGAUUUUCCCAGAACGGGAUUUUUCCCAGAACGGGAUUUUCUGAGAAUGGGAUUUUCCCAGAAUGGAUUUUUCCC